GCUGAGACAGAUAUUCAACCGGAACUGGAACAAGGGCUCAGUUUAAUAAGCCGUGAAGAUGGCUGCAAGUGGCACUCAGUCGACACCUCUUCAGCUAGAUUUUAGUAAUGAAUUACUGAGCUCAUCAGAACUAUUUGAAAGUCGGAGCCGAAAUCAUAAGAUUCCUGUGAGGGGUCAAAAAGAGUUUUUACCAAACAACUCUGAGCAGCAAAAGACAUGUCUGCAGAAGACACUUGAUGAACACUGGAUGCUUGUGACAGAGGAACGAGUGGAGCGAGUCGGGAACCUUGUGAAUGCAGAGUGGAUUCCUGAGGAAAAGCUGGUGAAGCUAAAGUCUCCAGCUGGAAAAUUUUGGCAGACAAUGGGAUUUUCUGAUCAAGGAAAGCAGUGCUUGUUUCCAGAGGAGGCUCUUUACCUCAUGGAAUGUGGCAAUGUGCAAGUGUUCUACCAGGAUCUUCCUCUCUCCCUCCAAGAGGGCUAUGAAAGUUUCCUUUCUGCUGUAACUGUGACUUUCCAUCAGUACCAGGUGUUCAGUCAUUUAAAAAGGCUAGGUUAUGUGGUAAACCGAUUUGAUACUAGAUUGCCUUCUUUAUAUAGACAACAGCUGAAUAUGCCCCUAUCCAACAACAGACUAAGCAAGCAGCUGAAGAGGAAAUGGAACCAGAGUCCCGGUUAUAGACUGUGUAAUAAGAAAAGCAUCUCAUCUCCAGAGAUAUCUGCAGGACAACAUGAAGGUGAAAUUAAUACCAAUGUCCCAUGCAGCAGCUUGGAAGCUCCUGGCCAACUACAAACACAAAAAGCCUUCCAGGGUGAGAUAUUAAAGUCUGAUCCAGAAUCAAAAAGAGCUCAAGGGAGGAACUGGUGGACAAAUAUACCAAGCACACCCCAGCCUGAUUCGUUCCAGCCUUCAAUUUGGUACUGGGACUUCAGCUGCAUCUUUUUUCCAGACCUGGGCUCAUAUAAUGCCAACUGUGCUUGCCUGCCCCCUCCUGAUCCCAGCUUGCUCCCUGGUGCUCUGCAGGUACGAGAGUGCCACAUGGCCAAGUGGCACAGAAAUAUCAAUAUGAAGCAGGAACAGUGGUCCAAGCAAGAACGGCAGAGGGAGCAAAAUCGACAUGGAUGCAACAUUAAUGAUGAUCAAAGUGUGCGUCAGUGCAGGAACUGGGUCGAGUACUUGGAGCUGGUGGAGAAAAGAAGGAGCCUGCAGCACAAUAAAAAGCCCACACACUUCAGGGAACAGGAGGUUUUGCCUCUUGCUCAGCCCAGAAAAUGUAGCUCGCAUCGUGAGCUCCUGGAGCACAUCAAUAUUAUUCAGUCUUAUGAUUUGUUGGCAAAAAACUCCAGGUUACCUGGCUCAGAACAAUGGAGGAUCACCUUCAACGUUUACCAACCUGACACUGAGUUUAAGAAGAGUUGCCCAGGAAAGCCCUAUACCCGUUUGUGUGUUUGCAGUUUUGAUGGGCCAGUGCCAAACUUUCAUGUCUUGAAGCAGCUGUCCUUGCAAAGUAGCGAUGUGUCUAUGACGUAUGCAGUGGUGGACCAUGGAGACGUUUCCUUUUACUCCUUCAAGGAAUUCCAGCUGCCCACUGAUGUCUAUUAACAGGACUUCCAUGUAUAACAUGAAGAAGCCAGUUUUAACCAACAAAAGCAGUCCUGUCUAUUGGGGUCUUAGUGCAUUUUCAUUUAAUUAUAUUUUAUGGCAGUUUCAAAUGCCUAUUCACAACUUACAUACUGCACAUGUGUAAAAGCAUUUCAAAUAACAUUUUGCACAGUAAUAGUACUUAUAAUAACAUUCAAGUAAGGUCUACAAAUGUCAUUGUUUUCUCCAUAUUUGGAAAAGAAUCAGCUGUGGUCUAAAGAUCCAUGAUCCUUGUCAUGAUUUAGAUACAAUCUGGCUGCGAAAACUAAGAUUUUGUAAAAAAUAUACUGAUUAUAAAUGAUUAUAAAGUGAGUUGAAAAUGUAAAUAGAACCCUUAUUUUAAUUAUGUACUAAAAUCCUAAACAGUUGUUACUAUAAAUUAAACUAUUUUCAUGAUA